GGAGCCAUGGAGGAGAGAGCUGCUCAGCGGGAGCAGGAAAGACCCAGUCUUCGUCUGGAAAAGCUACAGCACUGGGCAAAGCACAGGCAGAGCGGGCACCUCUUGGUGCUAGCGGUGAGCCAGCUAUGGCUGGCAGUGGCUGUGGUGCCCUUUGCUAUCUCUGUUGCCUGCCUGAACUCUGCCUGUCACAUGGCCACAGCACUGCCACUUGGGCCUGGAGCAUUGGGUCUCCUCACUGCGAUUGUCACUCUUGAGCUGCGCAGAGCACCCCGCCUCUGGAAGGUGCGGGCCAUGAUGAUACUCAACAUCUUCAGUCUGAUCUUGGGCUUCAUCGUUGUGGUGGUCGACGUGAUGAAGACAGCCUUGGGGGCUGCCUCAGCUGCCCCCUCCCAGCAGGCUGGCUUGCUGGCGGUGGAGCUAGGCACUGAGGCCUUCACCCUAGGGGGAGUGCUGGUCUCGGCAUACUCACUCUUCCUGCUGAGCCAGAGGAAGCCAGGAUGCUGCAGGAACCGGAGUCUGCUCUACCAGGAGCUGCAGGAGGGUCUGUCUGAGUUGGAGGAAGUUGCUGCUUUGGAGAAUGGUACCACCGUGGCCAGCACAGCAAAUGCAACAAAUGAGUAAGCUAGCAAGGGCAGGCAAGCAACUCCUGCUCCACUAACCUGGCAAAGGGCGUUGUCCAGGCCCUCCUGCCCUCCACCACACAAAACUCAGAAGCUAGAUGGAGUCCUCUGAGACCUACAUGAAGUCCGGUGGAGUGCCUUCAGUUUUCAUCCAGACUAGGCCCCUUGCUCUUCCCUUCCCCACAAGAGGAAGCUAUACCUAAACCGGAGCCUUCCCUGAAAGGGAAAAGCUGCCCUCCUGCAGGACAUCCUUAAACCAAUUUUCAUCUGUACCCACUUCCUUCGAUCUUUCCCCUCCAUACCCAUCCCCUCCCCAUACAGCUUCACAUCUGCCUCGUCUCACUACUUUCUCUUCUUUCCACCUCUCACAAUCCCAUCCAACUCCAAGCCCGGGGUCCCGCACAAGCCCAUUCUCAGAAAUCAGUUCACGGUGCUUUAGUUUUCUCCCUUCGAGCCGGUUCCUUUCUACUCUAGCGAAGACUACAAGUCCCGGGAUGCCCCGCUGCCCCCGUGGCCUGAUGGGAAAUAAAGAGCCUUCCCUCUGGGAUGGGGGCGCUGUACAUCUGCUGAGUGACGCGAGGCGCUGGAAGUCGGGGCCUAGCCGAGAGUUUCCUCGGACGCGACCACUGGCCCCGCGUGCGGGGAGGCGCCAGGCGGGUUAUCCUGCGCGGGGGCGCCGCCGCCCCACCCACGGCAACUGAUUGCUGACUCUGGGUCCACAGGCCUCCCUCUGGCAGCUUCGGGGACCGGCAGGGGCUGGGGCUGGCCCUCGGCAGAGCUGGGUUUCCCAAAUGGUGUCGCUGCGCCCCCUCCCACAGAGCCCAAAUCCAAAGUCCUGAGACUUGGAGCGCGCGCGAGAAAGGGGUUGGAGAUGAUGAGUCAGAAGCCCGGGGCCCUUGUCGUCCCCCUCCCUCGGGGCCCAGGUGCCGGACGAGGACAGGCUCGCAGGGCAGACGGGUGGAUUGGGCAGGAAGAGGAAGGGACGCGGCGACCCGAGCUAACACUUUCCCGCCUCUUGCGAGCACGCCGGUGUUACGAGACCGCGUUGCCACCACCCUUUCUCUCCCAAGGCGGGAGCGGGACUGCGCAGGCUCAGCCUCUCGGCUACCCCGCGGACCUUUGAUCCCGGCUGCGGUCUGGUCCUGAAGCUCUGGUUGGGCUCAACCCCCACUGUUUCUGACCUUUGCACGUGUGCAAAGAUGACAAGCUCGAGUGGGCUUUAGAAAAGCCCAGGGAAACUGGGAGACCCAGUAGCACCAGCCGGGCAGCUUACUAGCCGCUAGAGAAACUAGAAAUUGACCACAGCUGGAGUACUAAGAGAACUCACCCCAAAU